GCGCGGGCUCAGUCCCUCGCCGAGUCCCGCGGCGCGCGCACGCCGACCUCACUCUCGCGCCGUCCGACCCAUGCGCGCACACGCGCCCGCUCAGUGCUACAGUGACUACGAGUGCAGUGAUAGAGUCUCGUGCCGCGGCGCCACGCGCGGCCAGAGCUGCAGUCGCCGGCUGGCGGCGGGCAUGCGCCCGCGCCGGCAGCGCCGGGCGCCCGGCUGACAUGCGCCGCGCCCGCGCCGCCGCCGCGCCACCGCCCUCAGCGCCGGCGUCGGCGUGCGCCACCCCGCUGCUGCUGCUCCUGCUCGCCCUCUUGCAUACGACGGCGGGCGCUGGCGUGUUCGAGCUGCAGAUCCUGGAGUUCAGCAACUACCGGCUGCAGCUGGCGAGCGGCGCGUGCUGCGGCGGCGCGGGGGGCGCGGGCGGCGCGGGGGGAGCGGCGUGCGCCGCGCCGUGCCGCACGCGCUUCUCGCUCUGCCUCAAGGAGUACCAGUCGGCGGCCGCGCCCGGCGCCUGCUCCUUCGGCCGCGCCGCCUCGCCCGUGCUCGGCACCGACUCCUUCACGCUCGCCGAGCCGCUCUACACGCUCGCGCUCCCCUUCUCCUUUCGGUGGACGCGCUCGUUCACGCUGAUCCUUCAAGCGUACGACGACUACAACUACACAACGGCGGAGGGCACGGAGUCGGGGCUGAUCGUGGAGGCGUGGUGGUCGGGCAUCGUGGAGCCGGGCGCGGCGUGGCACGCGCUGCGGCACGCGGGCGCGGCGGCCGGCGUCGCGUACCGCGUGCGCGUCUCCUGCGCGCCCAACUACUACAACACCACUUGCACCACCUUCUGCCGCGCGCGCGACGACAAGUUCGGCCACUACGCCUGCGACGACACCGGCGCCAAGCGCUGCCUGCCCGGCUGGCGCGGGGACAACUGCGAGCAGCCUGUAUGCAAAGAGGGCUGCCAUCCAACUCACGGCCGCUGUGAUCGCCCCGGAGAUUGCGACUGCCGGCCCGGAUGGCGCGGCGCGCUGUGUUCACAAUGCCAGCCUUACCCGGGCUGCAAGCACGGCUACUGCAACGGCUCCUCUUGGGACUGCACGUGCGACACCAACUGGGGCGGCAUCCUGUGCGACCAGGACCUCAACUACUGCGGCACCCACGAGCCCUGCCAGCACGGCGGUACAUGCGAAAACACCGCUCCCGAUCAAUACCUGUGCACCUGCGCCGAGGGGUUCUCCGGGGCGGACUGCGAGCGGGUGGACAACCCGUGCGCGCCGCAGCCGUGCGCGCACGGAGCGUGCUCGCUGCGCGCGGCGCCGCCCGGCUUCAGCUGCGCGUGCGCGGCGGGCUGGGGCGGCGCGCUGUGCGACCAGGACGUGGACGACUGCGCCAGCCAGCCCUGCGCGCACGGCGCCACCUGCCGCGACCGCCUCAACGGCUUCGACUGCGAGUGCGCGCCCGGCUGGACCGGACCCACCUGCACCGAAGACGUGGACGAGUGCGCGGUGACCCCCGAGCGUGAGAGCGCGGAGGGCGCGGAGGGCUCGCUGGGCCCGUGCGUGAACGCGGCGACGUGCAGCAACACGCCGGGCGGCUACCGGUGCAGCUGCCUGGCCGGCUGGACGGGCCGCGACUGCGAGUCCAACGUGGACGACUGCACGGGCCAGUGCCUCAACGGAGCCACUUGUAUAGACCUCGUGGACGACUUCCACUGCGCGUGCGCGGCGGGCUACGCGGGCCGCACGUGCGAGCGCGACGUGGACGACUGCGCGCCGCGCCCGUGCCGCAACGGCGGGGAAUGCGUCGACCUGCUCGACGCCUAUCGCUGCAUCUGCCCCGUCGGCUUCUCCGGCGUCGACUGCGAGGAUGACCGCGACCACUGCGCGGGUUCGCCGUGCGCGAACGGCGCGCCGUGCUACACCGCGCAGAGCGACUACUACUGCCACUGCGCGCCGGGCUGGACCGGCAAGAACUGCACGCAGUACCGCGACCGAGCAGUGGUGGAGAACGAGCCGUGCGUGAACGGCGCGCCGUGCGAGCACGGGCAGUGCGUCCGCGCGCCGCCCGCGCCCGCGCGCUGCGCCUGCGCGCCCAACUACGCCGGACCCACCUGCCAGGAACGUGUCGAAGAAUGUGUGACGGGCGGGUGCGGCGUCGGAGGCGCCUGCGUGGAGGUGGCAGGCGCACUGCGCUGCGUCUGCCGCGCCGGCUUCAACGGGGCUCACUGCGAACUCGAAGUCGACGAGUGCGUGGGCAACCCGUGUCGCAACAACGCCACUUGCAUCGAUGGCGUUGCAGACUUCACCUGCGUCUGCCGCGACGGAUGGACCGGAAAGACUUGUGCGAUCCGCGUGGAAGAAGGUACUCGCUGCGUAGACGGAUCUUGCGGUAACGGUGGCACAUGCGUGCGCGAGGCAGGCGUGUGGCGCUGCGCGUGCCCCGCCGGCUGGGCGGGCGCCUCGUGCGAGAGCUCCACGCCCGCCGCGCUGCCGCCCGCGCCGGCGUGUGCGUGCGCGCACGGCGGCACGUGCUCCACCGCGGGCGCCGGCUGGGCGUGCGCGUGCGCUCCGGGCUGGACGGGCGCGCACUGCGAGCACGCGGUGGACGCGUGCGCGGCGGCGCCAUGCCGCAACGGUGGGCGCUGCGUGGGCGGACCGGGCUGGUGGACGUGCGAGUGCGUGGCGGGCUGGGCGGGCCCGGAGUGCGGCGCACGCGUGCCCCCCGCGCCGCCCGCUACGGACUGCAGCCCCGCGUGCCCCGCGCCCGCCGCCUGCGUGCGCGACUCCGACCCGGAGCGGCCCGCACGGUGCGUCUGUCCCCGCGCUGCGAGACGCUGCCUAGAACAAAUCGCUGGUUUGGAGUUGGACGACGGUUUCUCCGAGUGGGGCGUGGACGAGGAGGAGAGCGGCGAGGCGGGCGCGGGCGGGGGCGGCGGCGGCGGCGGCGCGGGGGGAGGGGCCUGCGGCGUGGACAACGGCACGUGGUGGUGGGGCUGCAACGCGUGCUGGUGCCGCGCCGGGGCGCCCGUCUGCACGCGCCUCUGGUGCGGCCUGCCCGACUGCCUCGCGCCCGGCGCGCAGCCCUGCCGCACCGAUGAGGUGUGCGUCCCAGCGGCACCGGCGCUGUGCCUGCGGCCCGUGUGCGCGCCGCUGGGCGAGUGCCGGCGCGUGGCGGGGCGGCGCGUGGAGCCGCCCGCGCUGCCCGCGCCCGCCGCGUGCUGGCCGGGCGCGCGCCCCACCACCGCCGCAGCGCCCGCCGGCUGCGCGCGCGUGUCGCUGCAGCUCGCGCGGGAGCGCCUCGCCCGCGGCGCGCACGUGGAGCGUGCUUGCGGCUCGCUGCGUCGCGCCCUCGCCGCCGCGCUGGCCGCGCGCGCCGACAACGCGCCGCCUCCGCCGCUGGUGCUACUCUGUGAUCUCGCCGUCGACGACGACGAUGCACUUGAUCUCGCUAUUUGGGUCGGAGAAGAAGAAAGCCUGGAGGGCGCGUCGAGCGCCGGCGCGCUGGUCGCCGCAGUGCGCGCGCUGAGCGAGCUGGUGGCGCGGCGGCGGCUGGCGCACCACCCGCUGCUGGGCGCCGCGCUGCGCCUGCGCGUGCCGCACGCGCCGCCGGCGGCCGCCGCCUCCACCGGCGCGCCGGGCCUGCUCACGCUGGCGGCCGUCGUGCCCGUGCUGCUGCUGGCGGCGGCGGGGGGCGCCGCGUUCGCCGUGCGCCGCCGUCGCGCCGCCGCAGUCGAGCGUUCGCGCCGCUGCGACGAGGAGAAGUCCAACAACCUGCAGAACGAGGAGAAUCUGCGGCGCUACGCGAACCCGUUGCGCGAGUCUCCGCGCGCGCCGGGCGGGGUGGGAGGUGGCGGCGCGGUGCGCUCGGGCGAGCCGCUGCCGCGGGCGCACUCGCUGUACAAGGCGCAGAACGCGGACGCACGCAACCACACGCCGCCGCGCGACAAGGAGCUGACGAAGCGCGCGCUGCCGCCCGACGCGCCGCCGCCGCCCGCGCCCGCGCCGGCCGCGCGCCACCCGCCGCCGGAGCGCCUCACGGUGCUGGUGUAGUGAUAC